CUCAAAACCUUCCAUCCCAAACGCUUCACAUGGAACGAGGGAGGGAGCGGAGAAAGAGCUAUGCAAAAAACCAGGACUGAACCAGGACUAAACCAGGACUAAACCAGGAAAGAACCAGGACUGAACCAGGACUAAACCAGAACUGAACCAGGACUGAACCAGGACCAGGACUAAACCCGAACUGAGGACUAAACCGGCACCGGAGACGAGGACGAGCGGAGCCAAAACAAAUCACUGGACACAAAGGAAGGAGACGAGGAAAGGAGACGAGGAGACAAGGAAACGAGGAAACAAGGAGAGAGGAGACGAGGAGAGAGGAUGCUGAGGAGGAAGAGGAGUGUGUCUUUCGGAGGAUUUGGAUGGAUCGACAAGUCCACAGUGAGCGCCCUGAGAGCCCGGAAACAGGAGUCCAAUGUGUCUUUAUCCAACUGUCCCCCGUCUCCCCCCAGAACUGCCCCACCCACCAUCAAGACGGCUAAUUUCUUUGGCUCAAUGGAAAAACUGCAGGACGACUAUAUCCCCUACCCGAGCAUCCAGGAGGUGCUGCAGAGGGGGGCGCCGUUCCCCCAGGUGGUGCGUCCUCAGUUCGGGGGGUACUGGAUCGAGGAGAGCGCAGAGGAAGCGGCCCAAGGGGAUUGUGGGAUUGAAGAAGCAGGACAGGAGGUGGCGCGGGCCUACAGGAAGUACUUCGUAGGACGGGAGCACCUGAACUUCUGCAGUCCCUUUGGCGCCGCGGGGCCCCUCCUGCUGUCUGUGAGACACGAGGCCGGUGACCAGGAGUUUUUACACGUCAUCAUCAGGUCUAAAGAGAAAAGCAUUUACCAUCGCCUGUCUCUGAGCGAAGUCCCAGAAAUCCCUAGUGUCCCUGAACUGGCCCAGCUGCUGAACCCAGAAGCCGGGACUCAGCGCUUCUACCCCGUCCUCUUCCCAAAGGCGUCUGAACUCAUCGUGAACUUCGACGAACAUGAAGUCAACAGCACCUUUAAGUUUGGAGUGAUUCUGCAGAGGUUCGGACAGGUGACCGAGGAGGAGCUGUUCAGUAACACAGAGGAGACCGAGGCCUUCAAAGAGUUUCUGUCUCUGAUCGGACACACAGUGGAGCUGCAGGACUUCAGCGGGUUCCGGGGCGGUCUGGAUGUGGUCCACGGUCAGACCGGGUCUGAGUCGGUCUACACGGUGCACAGGGAUCAGGAGGUGAUGUUCCACGUCUGCACUAAACUGCCCUACAGCCCCGGAGAUCCCCAACAGCUGCAGAGGAAGAGACACAUCGGGAACGACAUCGUGGCCGUGGUUUUCCAAGAGGAGCCGACGCCGUUUUCCCCGGACGUCAUCGCCUCCAACUUCCUCCACGCGUAUGUGCUGGUGCAGCCACAAGAGGGCGACGUCUACAAGGUGUCAGUCACGGCUCGAGAGGACGUCCCUCCCUUUGGCCCCUCGCUGCCCCGCCCCCCGUUCUUCCACAAGGGGUCAGAGUUCAGGGAGUUUCUUUUGACCAAACUGAUAAACGCAGAGAGAGCCUGCUACAAGAGCCAACGCUUCGCCCGCCUAGAGGAGCGGACUCGUGCGGCGCUGCUGGACUCUCUCCUGGACGAGCUGCAGACCCGCUCCCAGUGCAUGCUGGGAGUGGGGCCCCAGUGCCUGAUGGGAGUGUCGGAGGAGGAGGAGGGGCGGAGUGAGAACGGACACACCCACGGACACGCCCACGGGGGCCUGCUGGAGUCACUGAAGAGGGCGAUGAGGGGUCGCAGCGUCUCCAUGGAAACGAUGUCGAGAGGCCGAUCGGAGAUGCCGUCCAGUCUGAGCGUCUCCAACGAGCUGAGUUCUAGUUCUCCUAUGAAGCGACGUUCUGGAUUAUUCCCUCGUCUUCUCAGUGUGGACAGUCAAACAGACAGACAUCGGAGUCUUCUGAGUGAACAGAGGAGCCUGGACCACCACACGCUGGAGGAGACGACAGAGCAGGCAGCCAAUCAGAGGUCUCCAGAGGCGGGGUUUAGGAACAGGAAGAAGGAAAGAAUCUCCUCCUCCAGCUCCUGCAGCUUCAACAGCCACUCUGAAGACCAGAGUUCUCUCGUGGUGGACGGCGGGAGUCCAGUCAUCUGCCGAAGUCCCACAGAGAAUAAAAACUCUCCCAGAUCCAAUCUAAAGUUCCGGUUUGAGCGCCUGUCCCACUCGGCAGCGGGACACUGAGGACUCGGCUCUAGGACCACAGGCCAGAGGAGGACCGAGACGUCGUGCCUUUGAGCAAAACACAUCUGCCAUUUACUCAUAGACUGUCUAUAGAAAUGGAUUGUGGGAGUGUGACGUCGCCCACAGCGUUCAGCUCCAGCCAAAUGAAGCUCAUCGAGGCCUGCAGAAUUCCGAGCACGAGUAUCAUAGCAACCAAAGAGCCAAUCCGGAGCAAUGCUGUGUCUGCACUGAUGGUGUGGCAGAGGUCGACGCGAGCGGGAGCGACCUCUGUUUUGUCCAGGGUGACCAAACGUUCCUAUUUACCCGGUACAGUCCCAGUUUUGAGCCUGUGUCCCCUGUCCCAGCAGAUUUAUCCAAAAGGAUUGAUUUGUCCCUAUUUUUGACCAAUCUGAUCCGUGCCAACAGUAAAGAGAGACAUACAUUAUCAUUUGUGCCUCUCUUUACUGCCUGCCAUUUAUGCCUCUAUCAUCAAUUUAAUUACAUAUUAAAUUAAUCAUCAAGUAAAAUACAGAAAAGCUGAUCAAAAAUGACAAAAACACAAUGAAAAUGUGACUAUAAUGACUCACAUUAGUCAUGAACGGGCCGAGUGCAGAACAGUUUUCCUAACACUCGUUUCACUAUUUUAUUAUCACCAACCACCCCAAUCGAGUGAUGUCCCAGUUUUUUAUUUAGAAAAUUUGUUCGCUCUAGAUUUGUCUAUUAUUAUUAAUUACUAAAUUAGGACUGAACCAGGACUGAACCACUAAAGGCUUUUUCAGGCCGACAGAGAACUGUGCCGGUUCCGGUUCUCGCAUCUAAUCGUGAACUGGCUCACGUGUUCACGUCGGAAAUGAAAGUGUUCUGGAACCGAAAAGUUGGUUCCCUUUGGAAACUAAGUAAAAGUGUUUUUUUUCUAACCAAACCGUGACGACACAGAAGACGUCAGCACGUUCAUCCAGGUCACACACGGUAAAAUAAACAAAGAGCAAUUGAAACUAUCACGUAUGAAAUGAAAAGUUUUAAGUCUACAGAAAGGAUUUCGUACCGUUUGUCUUGCAUGUAUCAGUGUUCUCCUGAUAAGAUUACAUCUUUGUAUUGGUCGUCGCUGUCGUCUUCUCCACAGCAGAUCGAUGUUGUGUCAGAGCUCGGCACAUAAAUAAUGACUUGUAUAAGUACAAAUUCUCGCUGGUGUUGAUGAUGUGACCCAUGAUUAUUAUUUUCCUCUCUGUGACGUCUGUUUUCAUAAGGCCUUAUUUUUAUUUGGUGGUAAAUCCACACUCUCUGUCGAUGAUGUGUCAUGGGUUCACGUAAAUACUUUGACUCACUGGUGAGAACUUUAGUUCCCAGUGGAACUGGUGUGGGAACCGACACCGGCACCUGUUCUGACCGACCUGAAAACAGCUUCAGUGAAUUGGAGCCAGAUUCGUUCACUUCCUGUUUGGAGCGUAUGUCCAUUUAAAUAUUCAGUCUAUGCAUUUCCCCAGACUCACAUCUGGUCCACUUCUCUGACAGGUUUGACCCAAAGGCACUGAAGGACGAGUCAAAUGCAGAAUAAACUAUUUUCCUAAGGGCGAUUAUGAAAAUAAAUAUAUGCAAUUGUUUUCUGUUUUUUUUCUGUUAACAGCUUUAUACGUGAGACUUAAACUAAGACCAGGACCAAAACACGACUAAACUAGGGUGACCAGACGUCCUGACAGAGUGUUCUAGUUUUUGAUUUUGAAAAUUCUGGUCACCCUAGACUAAACCCAGUACUAAAUCAGGUCUAAACUGGGGCUAAAACAAGACUAAACCAGGUCUAAACCAGGUCUGAACCCAGUAUAAACCAGGUUCUGUCCUGUCCAACGGUCGGUGAUCAGCUCGGGUGUUUAGAUGUACAGCCGACCCUCUCUCAGUAAAAGACCGUGGUUUGGAGCCGACUUCAUUCUGUGUUUGCACUGAUUAAAAGCCUUAAAAGAAUAAUUUAAAUAAAAUCAAUAAUUGUAAUUAAUCAGUGGCUCAGCUGAUGUACCCGAGUAAUGAACAGUUCCUCUGACGGUUUUACACUGGACCUUUUAUGCACUUUUCUGUCCAAUGUGUCGAUGUGAAUAAUGUAAACACGAUAUCCUGUCCCCU